AUGGAAAAAUAACAGCAUUUAGACAAAAUCAACCAGAAAUCCAAAAAGUAAUAGGCUGUUUUCAAUAAUCCUUUUUUUAAAUAACAAGAUGAUCAAGAAGAACAAGAGAACAUUAUAGAGAGCAAAAUUUAAUAGUUAUAAGAUGUGCAAGUGGUGAUUCCCAAAGAACUGAACUUAUAAAUACAACAUAAAGUGAAAAGUCAUAUCAUUGAUCAUAAAUUGAAGAACAAUUAUGAUUAUGUUAGAUUAAAAUAUAUUAUUCGUAUUUGGAGAGAGCAAUCAAUAAAAUUGAAGAUAUCAGAGGAGUAGGUCAAAUAGCAAUUAUUCAAGGCAGCUAAAGAAAACAUGAUUGAUGAUAUGAUUAAAAAUUAAAAAUAUGAAAAGCUGAGAUAGCAGCAAGAAUAAGAAAAAAUCAUUGAAGCUUAGGAGGAUGAAAAGUCUUAGAUGUUAGAGUUAGAGGAAAGAGUAAAAUAAAAGAAACAAACUGGGACAGCUAAGCCUGAACAAUAGAUGGCUGCUUAAAGUCAAGUAGAUUCAUUUGAACAAAAGAAUGAUUUAUUCAAAAUGCCAGAUUAGGACCUAAUACAAUAUAUUCCAUAUUGCACAGACAUAUAUUUAGGUAAAGAUUGA